UUUGAAACUGAGGAGGACUGGUCACUGUCCUCUCUUCAGCAGGACUUCGUUGUCAGGAUCUCUCAUUGUCCAGCUUUUGGUGAAAGGAAGAAAAGGAAGCAAAGUUUAAGAUUAUGUUUUCUGGGUUCUUGCUUGUUGCUUUUUUUCACUCUGCAUUGCAGCUGGCGGACACUGAAGAAUUUCUUAUAAAUAAUGAAGUCAGCAAACUUUGUCUUCAGGCAUCUGUUGCACAGUCAGUUAGAACUGCCACUUGCCAUCAAGACAAUGAAUCACAAAAAUUCAGGUGGAUCACUGAUCAUCAGCUUAUGAGUGUAAGACUGAACCUAUGCCUGGGGGUGCUGUCAAAGGAUGAUCAGGCUGUGAUCACCCUGCACCCCUGUAAUCAAACAAGUGAGCUCCAGUGGUGGGAAUGCAGAAAUGAAAGCCUUCUUGCAAUCAAAGGACAAGAUUUGUUUCUCAGUCCUGGUGAUGAAGAAUAUGAUAAUGUUUUGCUAAAGAUGGGGCUGAGUGCAAAGAAUAAGUGGAAGAUCUAUGGGGCCACGGAUGUUUUAUGUUCCCAGGGAAACGAAGAGAUUUUUACACUGCUAGGAAAUGCUUUUGGGGCGCCCUGUGUAUUCCCUUUCAUGUACAAUAAGCAGUGGUAUGCUGAGUGCACAGAUGCUGGCCGGUCAGACGGCUGGCUCUGGUGUGCAACCACUGCAGAUUAUGACACAGACCAGCGGUAUGGAUUUUGUCCAUCAAAAGAUAAAGACACCACCUGGACUACAGAUUUGUCAACAAAUGUCCACUACCAAAUAAACUCUGAAUCAGCUCUCACAUGGCACCAAGCCAGGAAGAGCUGUCAGCAGCAAAAUGCAGAAUUACUGAGUAUCACAAACAUUCAUGAGCAAACAUACGUUAAAGACUUAACAGAAGGUACAGAUUCUGCACUGUGGAUUGGACUCAACAGACUGGAUUUGAGGAGCGGAUGGGAGUGGAUUGGAAGCAGCCCUUUCCAGUACUUAAACUGGGCUCCAGGAAGCCCAUCUCCAGAAAUUGAAAAGCUCUGUGCAGUUUUGAAUCCUGAAACAAAAGCUAAAUGGCAAAAUUGGGAAUGUGAUCAGAAACUUGGUUAUAUUUGUAAGAAAACAAACUUUACUUUGGCUCCCUCAGGUGACAUUGGGCUCAUUACUUGCCCAGGUGGAUGGCUACCAUAUAUAGAUCACUGUUACAAGAUCUUCAGGGAGAACAAAGCUUGGGAAGAAGCAUUGACCUCUUGUCAGAAGGAAGGCAGUCAGCUGGCAAGCAUCCAAAGCCUUGAGGAGCACAGCUUUAUGGUGUCUCAGCUUGGGUACAAGUCAACAGACAAGCUGUGGAUUGGGCUGAACGACCGUAGGGUUCAAAUGUAUUUUGAAUGGAGUGAUGGGACUCCAGUGACAUACACAAAGUGGCACCUGGGAGAGCCAUCUACCACAAACAACAGACCUGAAGAUUGUGUACUGAUCAAGGGACCGGAUGGCUACUGGGCAGACCAUGUCUGUGAGAAGAAAGUUGGUUACAUUUGUAAGAGGAAACCUAUGUCACAAACAGCUGCAGGAAAAGAAAUUACUGAUACAAAUUGCAAAAAUGGCUGGAGAAGAUAUGGGACCUAUUGCUAUUUUAUUGGACAAGUUCCAGCAACAUUUUCAGAAGCAAACACCGCUUGUGAAGGAGAAAAAGGUUACUUAGCCACAGUUGAAAGUAGGUAUGAACAAGCCUAUCUGACUAGCCUUGUUGGGCUGAGGCCUGAGAAAUAUUUCUGGCUUGGUCUUUCUGAUGUGGAGGAUCAGGGCACCUUCAGGUGGGCCAAUGGUGAGGCUGUCUCCUUCACGCACUGGGGUGCGACAAUGCCUGGAAGCAAGCCAGGAUGCGUAGCCAUGACAACUGGGCCUGCAGCUGGAUUAUGGGAUGUUCUUGACUGUGAGACAAAGCAAAAAUAUAUCUGCAAGCAGUGGGCAAAGGGAAUAACAUCUCCACCUGUUCCAACUACUACUCCAGUUCCCACAUGCCCUGAAGGUUGGGUGGCAAACAGUGAUAGCAGUUCCUGUUUUAAAUGUUUUUACAGAUCAAAUAUUAAAAAGAAAUCAUGGCUUCAAGCUCGAGAUUUUUGUAGACAAAUAGGAGGGGAUCUGGUUGCCAUAAACAACAAAAGGGAUAUAUCAUUACUAAGAAAAGUAACAUAUGACACUGGCUGUGCCUUUCAAAGAGUUUGGCUUGGUAUAUUUUCCUUGAAUCCAGAUGAAGGAUUUGCCUGGAGUGAUGGCUCUCCAGUUAGAUACACAAACUGGGGUGACAGUUCAAGAAAUUCAGGAGGACGCAAGCUCUGUGGUGUACUCAAUGGUGAGACUUAUUCUAAACAAUGGUUUCUUUCGGACUGUGAAGUACGGCUCAACUGGAUUUGUCAAAUUAAAAAAGGAGUGCCAUUGAAACCUGAGCCAAAUGACAUGUAUGUUUAUAAAACCACUACGGAUGGAUGGAUCAUAUAUGAAGAUAGGCUGUACUACAUCAGUAAAGAACAUGUUUCCAUGGAAAAAGCCCAAGAGUUUUGCAGGAUGAAUUCUGCAGACCUGGUUGUUGUUAACAGCAAUAGUGAGAGAAGGUUCCUACAGACAGUGCUAAAAGAAAAUGAAAACCCCUGGAGCUCAUCAAGUGGAUACUUUAUUGGUCUAAAAGUGAGUCUUGAUAAAAAGUUUAGCUGGAUAGAUGGGACUCCAGUAACCUAUGUGGCCUGGGCUCAUAAUGAACCCAACUUUGUAAAUAAUGAAGAAAAUUGUGUGGUAAUGUUGUCACAGCAAGGCUUAUGGAAUGAUGUAAACUGUGGUUCCCCCAAUAAAUUUGUAUGUGAAAAACAUAACAGUUCUAUUAGUUCAACGGUUGUUGUCCCAUUGCCUUCUGGAGGAUGCCCAGAAAGUUGGUUGUUCUUUAACAGCAAGUGUUUCAAAAUAUUUGCUUCCAACAUGACAAGAAAGCUCAAGUGGCAUGCUGCAAGAGAUGCUUGUAUUGAUUUUGGAGGAAACCUGGCUUCCAUACCAAAUGAACAAGUGCAAGCUUUCCUCUUUUAUCAUUUAAAAGAUGCCAUGACAAACGUUUGGAUUGGGAUGAAUGAUAUCAAUGAAGAGUCCACAUUUCUUUGGACAGAUGGAAGCACUGUUUCUUAUACCAACUGGGUUAAUGGUGCACCAGAAAAUAAACAAGUGUACUUUGACUUUUAUUACUAUGAAAAGUUGACAGACAUCACUAUGGAGACAGAUUGUGUCUUCAUCAUGAAGUCAGAUGGGAAAUGGAGAGAUGAUAGCUGUGACAAUGAGAUAGGCUAUUUAUGCCAGAUGAAUCCACUUACCAUGCAGUCUGAAGCACCAACAACAUAUCCAUCCCCUGGCUUUGCUCAUUAUGGUGACAGUAGCUAUUCAAUCAUCUCAUCUGAAAUGCCAUGGGAAGAGGCCAGAAAAAACUGUCAAGACAAAUCUGCAGAACUUGCCAGCAUUUUAGAUGCCUACAUCCAUUCAUUCCUGUGGAUCCAGAUGCUGAAAUAUGGAAAACCCAUAUGGAUUGGUCUUAACAGCAACAUGACUGGCAGCUAUUACAAAUGGACUGAUAACUGGAAAACCAGGUACACAAAAUGGGCAGCAGGGGAACCAAAGGAGAAAAAUGCUUGUGUCUACCUAGAUCUUGAUGGCACUUGGAAAACGGCAUCCUGCAAUGAAACCUACUUUUCAGCUUGUAAGACAUCAGAUGCUAUCGCUCCUACUGACCCUGCUCAGCUGCCUGGAGACUGCCCCAGAGGAAAGGAACUCCAAGCUUGGAUCCCUUACCACGGCCAAUGCUACUACUUUGAAGCAUCAGCUAGGACAAGCUGGGCACUGGCCUCCCUUGAAUGUGCGCAGUUAGGUGCUACCUUGGUUUCAGUAGAAAAUGCAGACGAAUCUGACUUUCUGAUCCAUACAAUACAACCACUUGGAAAUAAAGUAGGAGGCUUCUGGAUAGGACUUUACCGAAAUGUGGAUGGCCAGUGGUUGUGGCUAGAUAAUGCAGUACUGGACUUUGUUAACUGGGAGGAGAAAGAGUCCAGUGUAGAGCAUCACUGCGUUGAAAUGACUGCACCAUCUGGUUAUUGGAACAACAUUGAUUGCUAUUCUGAAAAAGGAUUUAUCUGUAAAACACCCAAAGUUGAGCCAAGUGGGAGUCCUCUACAGAAAAAAGGCAAGAAUAAAGAGACUCACCCACCAGUUCAUGCCUCCGUUUGGCCACUUGUUUUCUUGGCUACUCUUACUCUUCUUGGAGCUAGCAUGGCAGUCUAUUUCUACAAGCGAAAAAGACAAAACCAACUAUCGACACAUUCUGGCAAUGAAACACUUCUAACAUGAUGUAUCAGUGACUGAAGAAUCAGUGAGAAUGGGUCCUGUAGUGUAUAUCAAUUCAGAGGAGCAAGUUACUUGCUGAAAUUAAAGGAUGUAUUUGUUACACGUCUCUAGUGAGGAUACCUGUAAUCUUAAAUUGAAUCCCUUUUCUCUCAUUGCACUAACAUACUCUUGUAUUAUGCAUAUUUUACAAGAUCAGAAUUAUGGAUUGAUGUUAUCAACUAAUGAAAGUAACUUGUCAGGAACAAAUAAACGUAAUGAAAAAGGACUAAAGAAGUCAACUAGUGAGAAUGAAUGUUCAAUAAAAUGUGAUUACUCCUUACUACUGUAUUCUUAUGAUUUUGUGGACACUGCAAAGAACUCAAAAAUUAAAAUCUGCCCAACUCGGUUGCAAUCUUGAACUUGUUUUUCCCCACAAACUUCAUUACAUCAGACCAGCACUUUUCUUGUUCCUUAUAGCUGCAUUCUGUUACACUUACUAUAAAAUGGUGCUUCGUAUACUUAUCUCACACAACUUGGAGGUAGAAAAACCUUCCAUUUGCAUUUUCUGCUAUAGAAAAUA